AUGAACGAUAGAACCUAAUAAAUGGCAGAGGAUCCCUCUACAAAAGAGUUAAACAAUUUUGUGUAAACACUCCUCAAACAAAUGCAAGAUCGAUUCGAUGAAAUGCAAGGCACUAUCGUUUCUAGAAUUGAUGAUAUGGGAAAGCGCAUUGAAGACAUAGAAAAAAGUGUAACAGAACUAAUGAAUGACCUAGGAUUCUCUGAUGAUGAAAAAUGA